AUGAAAGUGCGCCAGAAACACAUUUCCUUUCUCAUCAACCCGAACUCGGACCCUGUUGCAGCGGAAAUCCGUGGUCACUGCCGUUGUUUUUUCGAUGAUCAUGACUUCGAGUUCCGGGUUCUCUCGAUAAUUGCUACUGCUGCAUCUCCAUGGAUACCAACCAGCUCAGACCACGAGUUCUCAGCGGUACCUGCCAUGAUUAAACGCAAGUUAGUAAAUUGA